AUGGGCCCAUCAAGGAAACGGGCCAGAACAAAACCUCCCAGUGUGGAUGAGUCCACGGCUGCGAUUCCCUCGCAUCCACCGCCAGUCGUGGCCGAGGAAUCGACAAUAAAGACCUCGACCCCGGAGGCAGACAAACACAGUGAUGUCGUCAAUAAAGAAGAAGAUACACCUACUCCUCUGAAGGUUGUCAAGCCUGAGUCGAGCUCUUCAAACCAGGUGAAACCAAAGAGUAAUUGGUACGGCACUUGGCCGAGGAAGUCGACGGCUUUAACUCAAGUGGCCAGAGAGACUAUCUUGGCAAACAAACCAGCCAACGGGGCAGCACCAGCGGAUUUAAGUCGAUUCGAACCCAAAAAAUCCCCAGCCGUCACAGCUGCCAGGCCACCUUCGAUGUAUUUAGGAAAGGGCAAAGAGACUUUAGAUAUCACUAUGGGCGGGACAUUGGAUGAGGAUAAAGCGGCAGACAAGGACAAACAAGCUGUCGAACCCUCGUCAACUGGAGAUGUUGAGAUGAGUGGUUCAACAAAUGUUACGGAAGACACUGUUCCUCAUUCCCAUGCCUCAAGGCCAGAGAACGCGCCAGAAUCAGGCCCAGAUGCUCCACGGCCAGCAACAUCUUCAGGCUGGCUUGGAGGUUGGCUAACUAGGCCAUCUUUGCAAGCUUCCACCGCCCUGGAUAAAGACCCUUCGUCGGUGGAGUCGAAAGGUGUCGAGCAACCUCCCACAAUUGAAUCACAGCCCACGCAACCCAAGCAGUCGACUACAGAAACUCGUUCACAAGAUACCUCGCAAGAUACGCCGGCCACGAUCACAGCACCGACAACCUCAACUUCGUGGUUUGGUUUGUGGUCUACCGCAGCACCAUCUGCUGUUACGGAAGCACCCAAAGAACAGAUACCUGUCAAGCUAAAAGAUUGCGAUCGAGAUACAGUCAUGGAAGACGCACCGCCACCGGCGAAAGCAGCUGCUGGGUCGUCCUGGGCAUUUUGGUCCACAGACCCGCCGAAGAAAGCUGUGGAAACUUCGGAGACAAAUUCGGAGGAUAAGGGACAACUUGCGGUUGCCGGAGAGCCAUCCCAAAGCAACCCCGAACCUGCGAAGGUCACUACAGUGAAAGAGAGUACUUCCGUGAAGGAGAACAAGAAAGUGUCGCCAAAGACGACCAAAAGGGGCAGACCUAACUCUGUCGAAUUAAGUGAGGCGACGCGUAAGGUUGCACAGUUGGAUCCCACCUCGUCCAAAGGAACUCCAUCCCAAAGCCCAGCUCCAGCGAAGACCUCUCCCCCUAAUCUUCUGAUACCAUCAGUAAGAAGCACCUACAAACUCGUGGAAAAUCCAUCCAUACUACAGCAAAUCGCACGAUUGCUACUCCACGGCCAUCAAGAACCUAUGAAGCACGUCUCACUGGUAAAGGAUCCACCAAAAAUCAAAAAGGCCCUCGCAAUUGGAAUCCAUGGCCUCUUUCCAGCACCUUUGCUUCGCACAAUUAUUGGCCAGCCAACUGGGACGUCAAUAAAGUUUGCAAAUCAUGCAGCUGCUGCAAUUCGUCGGUGGACAGAUAAGAAUGGGUCCGUGGAAUGCGAAAUAGAAAAGGUUGCUCUUGAAGGCGAGGGGAAAAUCGCAGAACGAGUUGAUAAUCUGUGGAAGCUCCUUUUGAAUUGGAUCGACCAUGUGCGGAAAGCUGACUUCAUUCUGGUCGCCUGCCAUUCCCAAGGGGUUCCUGUCGCUGUGAUGCUUGUUGCUAAAUUGGUUGAGUUUGGGGUGGUCUCAAACGGGAAGAUUGGGAUUUGUGCCAUGGCUGGUGUUUCCCUCGGCCCAUUCCCAGAUUACAAGAGCAAAUUGUUCAGUGGAUCUGCUGGCGAGCUGUUUGAGUUCGCAGAUCCUGAAAGCUCGGUGUCGAAAAGAUACGAGGAUGCCCUUCGAAUUACGGUAAAGUAUGGAGUCAGAAUUACAUACUGUGGAUCUAUCGAUGAUCAAUUAGUUUCCAUGGAGUCCUCUAUCUUCUCGCCGGUUAGCCAUCCUUAUAUCUACAGGGCUGUAUUUGUGGACGGCCGCAUACACGCCCCGGACUUUCUCUCUCAUCUCGUCGGAUUUGCUCUCAAAUUGCGAAAUCUCGGAGUCUCCGAUCAUGGCCUCAUUCGCGAGUUAUCGGCUCCGCUGGCCGGCAGCCUGUAUACUGGCGAAGGUCACUCUCGAUUGUAUGACGAUGGUAAAGUCUACGACUUUGCCGUCGAAUAUGCUCUUGAGACGACUUCUGUGGGCGAUGUUUCUCUCCAAAUGAAAAAGUACGGGAUUCCCACUAAUGCAAACCCUUACGUACUUCCCUGGACAAUGCGGGGAAUCCUUGAGGAGGACUUCGUCAAAACCGAGCUCCAUACAGAGGUCAUAGAACUACUGAAGCAAUUCGACGACUGGAAACCAGCUACGAAGGUGCUCAAAGAUGUCAAGUACAGACUAGAGGCUGUAAGAUCCAAGCUAUAA